UUCCACGCAUGCCCAAUCCUAUCGGUCUCUGAGGGAUGGGGUUGUGUAACGUCACUUGAGUAUUUCCGGGUCACGGUCGGCAUCUCUUUCCCCCGGAAACCUUUUCGUCAGCUUUAGUAGAGCUGGCGUUGUGAUUUUCCAACUAACCAAUGUCAGGAGAUGGCGAUGGCAGCACUAGAAGUCCCUCUACGGGAUCUUUGUCAGGAAUUGAGGUCCUGCCAGAACAGCCAAAGUAUGUGUGCUUGCUGUCUCCUGAGCUUGUUGCCAAGGCACGGGAAGAGCUUCAGGAAAAACCAGAGUGGCGGCUUCGAGAUGUUCAAGCACUCAGAGACAUGGUGUGCAAGGACUAUCCCAACUUGGGAACCUGUCUAGAAGAUGCUUUCUUGCUCAGGUUUCUGAGGGCCAGGAAGUUUGAUUAUGAUCGGGCACUUCAGCUUCUUGUAAACUACCACUGCUGUAGAAGAAGUUGGCCUGAGGUCUUUACUAACCUGAAACCAUCUGCUAUAAAGCCUGUAUUGGAAUCUGGUUUUGUCACUGUGCUUUCUCACUUAGAUGCUGAAGGGCGCCAUGUGGUUUGCAUUCGUCCAGAUAGAUGGACACCAAGUAACUACCCGAUUACGGAAAACAUCCGUGCCAUAUACUUAACACUAGAAAAGCUCAUUCAGUCGGAGGAGACCCAAGUGAAUGGAAUUGUAAUCCUUGCAGACUACAAAGGAGUCAGCUUAUCGAAGGCAUCUCAUUUUGGUCCCUUUAUCGCCAAAAAAGUGAUUGGAAUUCUUCAGGAUGGUUUUCCUAUUAGAAUAAAAGCUGUUAAUAUCAUAAAUGAACCUCGCAUAUUCAAGGGUAUUUUUGCCAUCAUCAAACCUUUUUUGAAAGAGAAGAUAGCCAAUCGGUUUUUCCUUCAUGGGUCAGACUUGAGUUCCCUUCAUCACAACCUUCCCCCAGAAAUCCUCCCAGAAGAGUAUGGGGGCACUGCUGGGAAACUGGAUAUCUCUACCUGGAAUGAGCUACUGCUGGCUUCAGAGGAUGACUUCCUGUAUGACUUCUCUCACUUGGCCAUCUCCAGUGACUGUUCACCCCAUGACCCACUGAUGAGUGGAGAGAUUGAUGAGAAGCAAUGUGAUGACUCUUUGCGAAGCCUGAAAACACAGCUCUAUUCCUGCUAUUAGCUGCACUUACAGCUUCCAAAAAAUCACUGUUCACAAAGAGACUGUGAACUUUGAUGUGUUCCUAAAACUGUAGCCUAUACAUAGAGACAACUGUGGCACUUUACCUUGGAACCAAAGCAAACUGAAAAUCAACAACAACAAAGGUAGCCAUGGAGCAAGGUGAAGUUCAAUCUGGCAAAUGGGCGCAGUUUCUGUCAGGUCAAGUGUUUCUGUGAUUUACUGACCCUUCACAAAAGAGCCACUCUCUCAGAUGAAAUGUCUCGUAUAAUUAAUAUCACAAAGAAAACUGCUAACAAAGCUCCUAAGCACAAUUAUUUGAGUGUAAUUAAAUUACACAACUUGUUUCCAAAAACAGAAAUAAACAGGACUUAUUUCCAGAUAAGAACACAGUUUUAACAUAAUUUAUUAUCAUAACUUAUUUCUAAAUAAGUAUGGUUAGGCUCAAGGAGUUAGUCUCUCUCACAUGCUCGAAGGGGCAAAAUAACUUACAAGUCUGACAGCGCAGAUCAUAUACCGUGUUCAUGCUGCCCUUUCAGUGAAAAAAUGUGACAUAAAGAUAUUUGGCUAAUUUUAUGGCAUAUUCACAUCUUAAUCUAAGGUAAUGAUUUUUAACUGCAACUGUUUUGAACUCCAACUCCCAGCAUUCUUGACUAUUUGAUAUGAUGGCUGGGUCUUUUGGAAGUAGAGGUUGAAAAUAUUAGUAGCCUAAAAAGGUUGGGAACCACUGAUUCAAUAGAUAAUUUCAGAUUGUUAAUAAUGAGCAUAAGUUUUUGUAGAUGGAUCAUGUAGGGACUGUCACUCUUGAGGAGCAAGUCUUUGACUUGAAAUGUGCAAGAGUUAGUAAGUACAGUGGUUAUCACUAAAUUCAGUGAAAGCACACAAUCAUUCUGCGUGUGUGAGAGAAAUGAAACAGUUUAUACCCAUACUUGAACAUGUGCAAUAGACAGGACCAAUGAAAAGGACUGAAGAGAUUUGUGUAUUAAAUGUUUAGCUGCCAGUUAAGAGACUAUUUUGUUAAAGUAGGUCUUCAGGCAGAAUGCAGAACUUGUCCGUAGUUCUAGAUGUCUAUGGUAAGAGAAAGAGGCUUAUUUAGGUAUUAUUUUGGGGUGAUGGCAUUUUUCAAAUAGUGUCUAAACCAAAUAUAGACAGGGUAUUGUACAAGCACAAUACAUGGUUUGUUUGUGGCCAUUUUUUCCAUUCAGUGUGUGGUAUUUUGUCAGUUGGACCUCAGUGCGGUUUUAGUCUUGGCUUUCUCUACCAAGGGCCCUUUCAGCGACCUCUCAGAACUCAUACAUCAGUGUUUUAGAUCCUCCUUUAUAUGGUUUUUAUUUUAAGAUCAUGUGUGUUCUGUCUAUCCAUGUAUUGAUAUUGUCUCUUUCUUCUUAGUAUUGUGUUAGGGAAGCACAUUCUGAUUCCAUUCUUCACAGUACAGUGACUACUACAGGCUCAAACCUUAAUGGCAAUUGGUACCCUGUAUGCAUUGCAGUAUGCAUUGACUGCUUCUUCAUGCUAAUAAGGUAGCAGGUUAACAUAUCAUCUCAUCUGAUAGCACUUUUAAAAUGACUGGAGCUGUUUGAAGACACAUUUUCUUUGUGCCAACUAAGACCAGAAAAUGGUGCUUAAUUGUAAAUAUGAAAAAAAGGUCUUCAGAAGGACUUUAUUGUAUUAUUAGUGCCAAACUUGUAUUUUUCAUUAAUCACCUGCCUCUGUAUUGCCAAAAGGUGAUGCUGUUUUGCCAGGACUGUACUUCAACUAGCGUUCCCCUUUGCUUAAGUACCUUGUUAUAUACAAACUAUCAGGAAGGUCAUGUCA